ACGCAUAGUAGGUGAGAGCUUGUGAGAGGAGACACCCCUUCCUUCUCUUUUCCUCCGAUAUCUCUUGUCUUAUUCCAUUAGUACUUUAAAUUCUGAACUUCUUGUGCAUAUCUGGCAAGAAACAAUUUAACCCUAAUUCCUUCAUAAACUCUUUCACCAACCGUACAUCCUUCCGGUUCUGCUUCAACUUCAACUUCAAGAUCCGUCCAUUUCACUUGCAGUUUUCUCUCAAAAAAUGGUGAAAACUAACAACCGUAUUGCAUUCGUGUAGAUGAUCGACUGCCGUUCAUCUUCCUCAUGCAAGUCGACUGGCUAGCUAAUUUGAUUACAUUAAUUUGGAGAAUAUAGCAAUAAAGAAGCUUCUCUUUUCCUUCUUCUUUUGAUCUUCCAGCCAUAUCUUUCUUCAAGUUGAGUUGUUGAAAUAUCCAAGGAUAUCAUAUAUAUAUAUAUAUAUAUAUAUAUAUAGAGAGAGAGAGAGAGAGAGAGAGAGGACAUGGAAGGAGAGCUGAAGGAGGAAACCUUGCCGCCAGGCUUUCGGUUUCAUCCAACAGAUGAAGAGCUCAUCACCUACUAUCUUGUUAACAAGAUAUCUGAUCCUAAUUUCACAGCAAGGGCCAUUGCAGAUGUUGACCUAAACAAAUGCGAGCCCUGGGAUCUUCCAGGAAAGGCAAAGAUGGGAGAAAAAGAAUGGUACUUUUUUAGUCUUCGAGAUCGAAAAUACCCAACGGGAGUAAGAACGAAUCGAGCCACUAAUACUGGUUAUUGGAAGACCACAGGAAAGGACAAGGAAAUCUUCAAUAGUGUCACCGCAGAGUUAGUUGGAAUGAAGAAGACAUUAGUGUUCUACAGAGGAAGGGCUCCUAGGGGAGAAAAAACCAAUUGGGUGAUGCACGAAUAUCGGAUUCAUUCCAAAUCUACUUUUAGAACUACAAAGGAUGAAUGGGUAGUUUGCCGAGUGUUCCAGAAGAGUGCAGCCGGGAAAAAGUACCCCUCCAACCACUCCAGGGCAGUGAAUCCCUACAAUCUGGAAGCAGCUCCAAACGCCAUGCCCUCCCAGAUGAUGCCUGCGGCCGAGUUCCCGAUGGGAAGAAACUAUAUGAGCAACGCCGAGCUGGCAGAGAUUUCUAGGGUUUUCAGAGGCGGCUCAACCAACUCUGCUGCGAGCUUCCCUCUCCAAUCCCAACUAAACUACCCAGCCGCCGCCGGAGGCGGAGGCUGCUUCACCAUUUCUGGCCUGAACCUGAACCUCGGAGGGGCGGGCUCGGCGGCGCAGCCCAUGCUUCGGCCGGUGCCCCCCCACCCGCAGCUGGUGAUGAACCAGCACGACGUGACUUCCGCCAUGUUAACCAGCGGCGCUCUUGCCGGUGAUGCAGUCUACGGCGGCGAGUUGAGUAACCCACAUGGCGGCGCGGGCAGGUUCAUGGGCAUGGAGCAUUGUGUGGACAUGGACAACUAUUGGCCGCCUUAUUAAUUAAGCGGGGAAUCGGAGAGAGUUCUUCAGAAAAGAUUCCCGAUAAUGAUCAGAACUCAAGUGUAUUUUACCUAAUAUAUAGGUGAGUUGGCAUAGUUAUAGAAUGCUCUAGCUCUUGCUUCAGUUUAUGUUCCUCUAGCUAUAGGUAGACUUCUGCCAUGCACUGCCAAAGCAUAAAAGGUUUUCUACUGCGAGACUCAGACCCUAAUUAGGAACUGAAACUCCCCACCUCCAAGUGGUAACUAAGGUAAAAGCUUUUAUAUUUUCUCGUGUAUUUUUAAUGAAGGUUUUGUUUUAAUUAGUUUUUUUCUUCAAGCUCUCUGAUCUGCUAGCCCUCUCCCUAGUAAUGAACAAUUAAUGAGAUAAUUAAGAUUAAGGUAUAUAUGAUUACGUUUGGUAACAUGCACUGCUAUUUCAUUAUAUUUCCAUAAUUUUGGAAGUGUUUAGUACGUAAUUAGCUUUACUUGAUGAACAACCCAGUCGAUGCUAAAGCAGCUGGGCUUCUCCCUUUAUAAGUAUAGAAUAUGCUGUAAUUAUAUGUCCUCUUUGUAUGCCUGAAUCCACAUUAAUUUUGAGGCAACCAUCCAUGAGAAGAGUAUGAAGAAAUGUCAGGGGAUGUGCAGUUGUUUAAGGGAAAACUUAAUAGAAAAAACAAAAAAGUAGGAAAAAAAGAAAAGAAAAGAAAAGAAAAGAAAAGAAACCAGCAAAUGCUACUAUACUCCCCGCGACUUCUUUACUUAAUAUAUCUGAAUUGGAGAUCUCUUGAUCACUUAAUUAAUUAGAUGUGUAUCAACACUUAUAUAUUAUCUUCAAACAUUGAAUCUAUAUGCUUUUGUAUAUAAUGCGGGGAAAAGGUGGCAGCUGGCUCGUGGCUGAAGAUAGGGAAGCAAGGAAUCAGAGGAAUUAUGGAACAAGAAAAAACAAGAAGUCUAAAAAGGCUAUACAAAUAUUAAUUUGUCAUUCUCCAACUUUAGUUUAUCCCAAUUAAACAUGAAUGUAGAACCCACAGCUUAAUUAGAUCUAUGGGUUUUAUUUUUUAGAUCAAUUGUACCACAAACAACAUCCAU